GUGGGAGCUCUUCUCUUUAAAGUUUAAUGAAUCGACAGCAGCAAAAACGUCGCUUGAUGAGAUCUACCGCAGAUGGCUUAAAGAUGCAAAGGAAACUAGAGCGAGUCCUGUGAAGAACCCUGGCCAGUCGGAAAGCUCUGGGGAAGAUGAGGAGACGCCCCCUCCCUCGGCCUCCCAGACGUCCUUGAAUCUCAGCGCUGUGAAUCCCCGGGUAACCCAGCCUGUGUUGAAGUCCCCCGUGGCUAAGAAACCAGGAGCUUCAGACACAGAAAGCACAGAUGACUCGGACGUCAUAGAAAACACUCCUCAACCCCUGAAAAUUUUGUCAACGCCUAAAGUCAACUCUGUGUCAGCUACUGGCAAAGCAAGUAAAAUGGUUCGUUCAGAAAAACCAAAAAAGAAAACAGCCCAUGAUGGUGACUCAGACAGUGAAUGUGACAUCCAGCCCUCGCAGGUACCCUUCUUCACCCCAACACGUACUGGCAGAAAGAAUCCUGUAGCUACAGACAAAGACGCUGUCAGUACAGAUUCCUCAGAUGGUGAGGAAACGGGUUUGUCAAAGCAAGUCCGAGCCAAGCGGUCACCAGGAAAGAGCAUCUUAGCCAAAGGAGCCACCGUUAGAUCUAAUCAGGCUCUGCACAGCAAGACCGCAGACACUAAUCAGGUCACAGCUCCAGAGAAAACAGGCUCAAGCACUGACAGCGACAGCACCAGUGACUCAGACAGCAGCAAAAAAGCUCCAGCAAAGGGGAUCCCAGUAAAGACUGGUCUGUCUGUGUCUGCAAAGACCAUGCCUGCACCUAAGACUUCUGCUACAGGAAAAAAAGCUGAGAGCUCCGAUGAUUCGGACAGUGAAGAAGAGGCUCCAGUGAAGGCUGUUUUGGCAAAGGGAGCUCCAUCUAAACUAAACCUUGCCAAACCUAGCCAGGGUACCCCUACUAAGGCUGCAACUACUACGAAAUCCUUAUCUGCUACAAAGAAAGAUGCUAGCUCAGACACUGGAAGCUCAGAGGACUCAGACAGUGAAGAAGAGGCUCCAGUGAAGGCUGUUUUGGCAAAGGGAGCUCCAUCCAAGCCAAGCCAACCCAAACCGAUUAUCACAACCGCUACACCUAAGGCUGCAUCUACAGGAAAGAAAGCAGAGAGCUCAGACUCUGAGAGCUCGGAUGACUCGGGUAGUGAUGAGGACGCUUUUGAUAGCAUAGUCAUAGCUAAAGCACCCCCAGCUAAGGCAAGUCAGCCUGUACUCGGCAAACCCUUAGCAACACAGAAGGGUAAAGUGACAGGAAAGAAGGCAGAGAGCUCAGACACCGAGAGCUCCGAUGAUUCGGACAGUGAGGAGGAAGCGGUGGCAAAGACUGUGUUAUCAAAGGCAGCCCCCGUCAACCCUGCCAAGUCAAGCCUGAUGAGCCCUACCAAAGCCACACCUACGCUGAAAACCCCUGCUGUAGGGAAGAAAGAUGUUGUGUCAGACAGUGGAAGCUCUGAGGACUCAGACAGUGAAGAAGAGGCUCCAGUGGCAAAGGGAGCUCCAUCUAAACCAAGCCAACCCAAACUUAACACAACUGCUAUACCGAAGGCUGCAUCUAUAGGAAAGAAAGCAGAGAGCUCAGACAGUGGAAGCUCUGAUGAUUCUGAUAGUGAAGAAGAGGCUCCAGUGAAGACUGCUUUGGCCAAGGGAACUCCGUCUAAACCGAACAUUACCAAACCUAGCAAGGGUGCCCCUGCUAAGGCUGCAAUUACUGCGAAGUCCUCAUCUGCUACAAAGAAUAAUAUACACUCCGAUAGUAAAGAAGAGGCUCCAGUGAAGACUGCUUUGGCCAAGGGAGCUCCAUCUAAACCAAACCUUGCCAAACCUAGCCAGGGUACCCCGACUAAGGCUGCAACUACUACCAAGUCCUCCUCUGCUACAAAAAAACAUGCUAGCUCAGACAGUGAAAGCUCAGACGACUCGGAUAGUGAAGAAGAGGCUCCAGUGAAGACUGUUUCGGCAAAGGGAACAUUGCCCAAACUGAUAAAUGCAACCGCUACACCUAAGGCUGCAUGCACACUUGGUGUAGCAACGCUAGACAGCUCUUCUAGUGAGAGCUCCGAUGAAACAGACAGUGAAGAGAAGACUCCAACUAAGAAAGUUGUGACAGCUCAGCCAAAGGCAGUACAGGUCACAGCGAAGGCUGCAGCCAAGGUGGCGGAGCCCGCAAAGGGGCAAGACAUGGGCAACGGCUGUGCGGCAGGGCAGAAGGCGCCAGCUGCAGCGGCACAUGUGGACGCAGACGACAGCAGCUCCAGCAGCUCCAGCGAGGAGGAAGAAACAUCCCAGUCUCUUCUAGCUCCUAAACCAUCCCCUAAAAAGUCCUCCGCUGUGAGUAAAAAGACUCCAGCAGAAAAAGGGAAGAGGCAAAAAGACUCCGUUCCAUCUGGGAGCAAGACCACCACAAACGUGACCCCUGCCUCCCCAUGGACGGUUACAAAAACGACCCCCGUCGUUCCUCCCGCUAGCGAACUGGACUCUGAUGUCACAGACAUUGAGCGUGACCCCAGGCCAUCGGCAUCCAAAGUUGUUGCUGCUACACCCAAAGGAAAGAGGGGAGUUAAGAGUGGUGAUCAGGCUGCAGACUCACCGCUGGCUAAAGCGUCUCCCACUAAGAAGAAACCCCCAGCCGUUGGUUCCAGCAGUGAAACCCCAACCCCACUGGCGAAGCCGAAGAGGGGCAAAGACAAAAGCGAACACGAUGCUCCCAAACCCAAGAAGAGCAAAACAGAUUCUCCAGAGCCCAGCAAAGUCGUGGUGCCACCUCCUAUCCCGGCAGCAGGGGGCGACUCUGAGUCCGAUUCGGACAGCAGUCUGGAUGUAGAGAAGUGGAAAAGGCUGGUACUGCAUUUGACAGAUUCUGACAUUGCAAAGAUGGAUGCCAUUGCUUCGGUGGCCCUUGGCUCUUCCACCAUCUCCGUGCCGGGGAAAAACACAAAGACAGUGUCUAAGACAAAGGAAAAGGAGAAGAAUGGAAAGGCCAAAGCUGGCGAUAAGCAGAGCCAUGGCACAGCCAGCGGGACUAAGAAAGCGUCCCCCGACACAUCGGCCCAGUUGGCACAGUCCGUCAAGGACGACCAAUCGGCAGAGGCAAAGGCCAAGCCUGCAAAGAGGCCACUCUUCACCGCCACUGGUGCUCAGUACGGCCACAAGACGCCCGAGAAGAAGCAGAAGUUAGACAAAGAUGGCACAAAACAGACGAGCGCAGAAAAGAGAAAAGAUGUAAAGGAGAAGAAAAAUAAGCACCAGAAGGAGGUGGCUAAAGGGAAAGAGAGAACAGCGGAUGUCAAUCUGCCCGCAGCUGCGGCGAAGCUUCCGGAAGACAAGGCUGCAAAAAAAAAUAAAUUAAAGGUUGGAAAGGAGAAAAAUCUCACCAGUACACCUUCGAAAACUCUCCAAAAUGAUUCUCCGCUUUCGGACUCCGGCCAAAAAAAGAAGAAGAAGUCAUCUAAGAAUAAAUAACUCAGGGCCAUUUCGGUGGUUCUCGUCGCCACACACGAAGAUACACACACAACUGGCAGCCUAUACAGAAGAUGGCCUCAUUCACAUGGCCAGAUAUUUUUUUUUACUGAUUUUUUUUUUUUUUUACUUUGUACGUCUUAUAGAUUCUGUCUGUUGUCUUUUAAUCAUAAGUAAUGUGGAUACUUGGUCGUAAAUCCAUCUUCAGUGUUUCAUAUGUCUUAUUGUCCUGGAAAAUGGUUGGUAGAAAAGAACCUGAAAUUACCUCUAAGUGUGUUCACACGCUGCUUCUGCAGACUGUUGAAACUAAAAACGGUACAUUUCAUUCUGAAUUACUGCAGUGUUAGUUUUUUCCAUUUCCUCCUGUACCUACCUGCAUAUCUUUACUGAAGCAAGAGUUUCUCUGCAUCAUGUAUGAAAAGUGUUAAAAGGCCAGCGAGGUUAAAUGGAUCUUAUUAAUAAAUUACUUAGAAAUAAAUGCAUCCGAAUUUUUCAGGUUCCAGGCUCACAAACUGAUUUUAACAUAAACUUAUGUAAGUAUAUUCGGUAUAUGAUUCCUGUUCUCUUCUUGACUGGAAUAGCAAUUUUAAUAAAUAUUUUUUCACAUUUAAAA